AUGAACUUCAAAUAUUCUUUAGUCUAUAAUUUCUAUGGUCAAAAAAUAUGUAUAGCCUUUCUUGUUAUUUGGGGUUUGAUCUUUGGGAUUGAAUCUGUCACACUAAAAUCUCAACUUCAAAAUGAAGCAAAUGCAAUACUCAAGUCUAGGUGGUGGAAUACGUCUGACGCACAGUUUAACAUCUCAAGACGUUGUUAUUGGCCCGAUAUAUCUUGCAAGAAGGAUGGAAGCAUAUAUGAAUUCAGCGUUAAAAGUGCUAGAAUUUAUAAUGUUAAAUUUUCAGCACUCAACCUAUCUGCUUUUGAUAAUUUAGAAAUUCUUACUUUAAGUUCAUUGAAUCUUGAAGGGGCUGUUCUAAAAGAAAUUGGUUUCCUCUCCAAACUCACUCAUCUUGAUUUGUCUUCUAAUUAUCUUGAAGGUAAGAUACCAUUUUCAUUAGAAAAUCUCACAAAACUCACUCAUCUAAAUUUGUCUUAUAAUGGGUUUGAACUUAAGAUACCUCCUUCAUUAAAAAAUCUUACAAAACUCACUCAUCUUGAUUUGUCAUCAAAUAUAUUUAAAGGUGAGAUAGUUCCUUCACUAGGCAACUUUGAACAAUUAAAGUAUUUGGACAUCUCUCAUAACAAAUUUAACGGUUCCAUUCCAAAUGAGUUAGGGUUCCAAAACAAUCUCACAAGAUUAAAUCUAUCUUUCAAUAGAUUCAAAGUCGAGGUGCUUCCUUCACUAGAAAAUCUCACAAAACUCAUUCAUCUUGAUUUGUCUUCUAAUUUACUUGAAGGUGAAAUACCUCAAUAUUCACUAGGAAAUCUCAUACAACUACAAGAGUUAGACAUCUCUAACAACAUGAUUCAAAGUUUCAUUCCUUAUGAGUUGGGGUUUUUAAAAAAUCUCACAAGAUUAGAUCUAUCUCACAAUAGAUUCAAAAGAGAGGUGUUUCCUUCAAUAGUAAAUCUCACAAAACUCACUUAUCUUGCUUUGUCCUUUAAUUCUCUUGAAGGUGAGUUACCACUUUUAUUGGGAAACCUUAGAAAAUUAAACUACUUAGACAUAUCCAACAACAAGAUUCAAGGUUCCAUUGUUUCACUAGAAAAUCUCAUACAACUUCAAAUUUUAGACAUUUCAAACAAUUUUUUCAAUGGUUCCCUCCCAUCUAACUUGGGUCAAUUAACCAAAUUGCAAGUGUUACAAUUAAAUAAAAACUUUCUCGGUGGAACCCUUCCAGUUUCGGUAAGAAAUCUUUCUCAAUUAAAAAUUCUUGAUAUUUCCGACAAUUUACUCAGUGGCCCCAUUUCUUCCAUAAUGUUCCCAUUACCAUAUUACAAAACUUUCAUAAACCUCAGUCACAAUCUUAUUAGUGGUGAAAUUCCAUCUUACAUUGGAAAUUUUCAACAACUUUAUCUCAACAAUAACAAUUUAACUGGAAGAAUUCCCCAAUCUCUCUGUAGGGCCGGUUAUAUAGAUAUUUCCUACAAUUGUAUCAAGGAUUUCGUUUCAUUUUGUACUAACAUUUAUACAAGGAACAAGGAUGAAUGUAUCGACAUUUCUUUUAGCCAAUUCCAACCCAGGUCACCUCAUAAGAGUAAGAAUAAAGAAAUGCAUUUUGUUGUCAUAGGUAUUUCAAUUUUUAUUGUUCUAACUCUAGCAUUCUCAAUCCUAAUAUGCUUGAAACUUUGUCAUAAUUCUAUAAAGAACAAUCAUGGAAUCACAAUAACAACAAAAGAUGGAGAUAUUUUUAGUAUAUGGAAUUAUGAUGGAAAGAUUGCAUACGACGACGUUAUAAAAGCAACAGAAAACUUUGACAUAAGAUAUUGCAUCGGAACUGGCGGAUAUGGAAGUGUUUAUAAGGCACAAUUACCAUGUGGCAAAGUUGUUGCCUUAAAGAAACUUCACGGAAAUGAAGCAGAGAUUCCAUCUUUUGAUGAAAGUUUUAGAAACGAAGUGAAAAUAUUAUCUGAAAUUAAGCAUCGACAUAUUGUGAAACUUUAUGGUUUUUGCUUGCACAAAAGAAUUAUGUUUUUGAUAUAUCAAUACAUGGAGAGAGGAAGCUUGUUCUCAAUCUUGUAUAAUGAUGUAGAAGCCAUGGAAUUCAAUUGGAGAAAGAGGGUUAGCUUUGUUAAAGGAGUCGCAUUUGGUUUGUCAUAUCUUCAUCAUGAUUGUCUAGUCCCAAUAGUGCAUAGAGAUAUAUCUAGUGGCAACAUCUUGCUAAACAGUGUAGCUGACUUUGGCACAGCUAGACUUCUUCAAUAUGAAUCAUCCAAUCGAACGAUAGUUGCUGGAACUAUCGGAUAUAUCGCUCCAGAACUUGCCUAUACUAUGGUUGUGAAUGAAAAGUGUGAUGUAUAUAGUUUUGGUGUUGUUGCACUUGAAACUUUAGUGGGAAGACAUCCCGGAGAUAUAUUGGCAUUACUUCAAUCAACAUCAAUCCAAGAUAUCAAAUUAUGUGAAGUAUUAGAUCAGCGUCUCUCACUUCCAAACAAUGACAUAGUUUUACGUGACAUAAUUCGUGUCGCCGCAAUUGCAUUUGCAUGCUUAAAUCUAAAUCCUUGUUUACGGCCAACAAUGAAAAGUGUCUCACAAAGUUUUGUCAUUGAACUUCCACCAUUUAGCAUUCCAUUGACUGGAAUUUCUUUGCAACAACUGAUGAUAUUAUUUGUAAAUUAA